CAGAGUGCCUCCUAAACCAUAUCAAGAGAGAAACAAGGAUGGAGCUAAUGUGCAAAGGGUGGACCACUAUUCCACUCAGAUGGGGAAGGCAAUCCAUGACUAUUCCGCUCAGAUGGACAAGGUAAUCCAUGACUAUUCUGCUCAGUGUGCCGCUAGUAGCACUAGUGCUAGCGCUGCAACUACUGCUACUGCUCAAGUGGAGAAGGUGAAGGUGCAGGACCCUCGUACAGUGGACUGGGACAGAGUUAUGGAGAAGAUAAGCUACCUGGAAACGAUAGGGCAUCGCCCAUCUCAAGCUACGGCACAGGGUGAGGCAGUAGCCUCCACAGAGCAGAACGCGUCAGGGACAAGCGACAACGCUCCAAAGAAGGGCAAGGACGUAGUAGAUAAGAUGUUCUGCUGGGUUAACAAAAAAGUCACCAAGCGCUAUCAAGACAAAAUCGAGAGGACAUAUGUCAGAGAGGAGAAGGAAGGACACCAUCUUUAUGCGUUGUAUGAUGGCCCCGUAUCACGAGCAGACCGAGAGCAGGAAAAACGCCACAAUCUGCAGGUGGGCCUGAGUGACUGGAAGAGAGUAGAAACGUCAAUGAAUAAAUGGGCUGCUUACAAAGAAGCGAAAAAGGUGAAGGCAGAGGAGAAGGCGGCGGCUAAGAAGCAAGAGGAUGAGGAAAGGAAAAGGAAAAUAGAUCAGAGCCUACAGGAACUGGAUAAGAAGCUCAAACAGCGCGCUACGUCAAGUAGCAAUCAGGCCUAAGACUAAACAGGGGAUGGGCGGAUUAGGAGUUAUGAGGAGGAGAUUACAGAUAAAAAGAGGAGACAAGAGGAGGAGGAAAAGAUCAAAGGAGAAAAAAAAAGGGGGGGGGUUGUAACAACGGGACAUUGAAGAGAGGGGGAGUAAUGUGGAGCAGAAGGUGGAGAUGAGCUAUGAG